CAGCCGUCAAGCGGCGGCAGUGGGAGUAACUGACUGUGGUGCCACGUGGAACAGUCGCGUCUCUUGCACUCGUAUCGGAGUCCUUCGACGGUACUGUAUAAACGGUUGCUCUGUGCUUCUACAAUCGACGUUCCGCGCUUCUUAACCGAAAACCGAAAAUCCUGUACCGGAACGCAGCGGAAAUAAAUCAUACGCAGACAAACAGUGAUAAAAAGCCGAAAGGGGCAGAUUUUCCGUAAUAAUUAAUUGUUCAGGGCUUUUUUUCCUCCAACCACGAUGGCGAACAGCGCUACGCAUACCAUUAUAAAGCAGCCAAUGUGGUGGCGCCGCCGCACCGCCGCGGAGCGCAGGCUGGUGCUGACACAGACGGUGGCGCUCCUAGCUGCGGCUGCGCUCGCCGCCUCAGUGGUCGUGGUCGUCGCCAGGCGGCAGCACCAGCCCGGAGCUGCCCAGGUGUCGGCAUCCGGGUCCGUCAACCAGAGCCUGCAGAACGUCUGCCUCACGCCAGGAUGUGUCCGUUCAGCGUCCGAGGUGCUCAGCAAACUGGACCCAUCAGUCGAACCCUGUGACGACUUCUACAAGUAUGCGUGUGGCAACUACCUGCGCACCACUAACAUCCCGGAUGACAAGUCAGUGGUGAGCACCUUCUUGGAUCUGAGAGAAGAGCUCCAGGAGAAGCUGCGCAACGCCAUAGAAGAGGAGGAGACCCAAGCAGUGGUCCCCAGGAGCUUACAGCUGGCACGCAACCUCCACACCGCUUGCACAAACAAGAAACGGAUCGAGUCCCGCGGCCUGGAGCCACUCCAGAGGGUACUGAAGGACGAGCUAGGCGGCUGGCCUGCUGUAGAGGGCGACUCUUGGGACGAGACGAGCUUUGAUUGGCUGCACAGCAUCUACCGCUUCCGCAGAGCCGGCUUCAGCAUCGAUUACUUCAUUAGGUUCCAAGUGAAACCUGAUGUGCGCAACUCCACGCAACAAUACAUGCAUCUGGACCAGGCAUCGCUGGGUCUGAGCCGCGAGUUCCUGGUGAAGGGUCUCUCGGACAAGCGGGUGGACGCCUACUACCAGUACCAGGUCGACCUGGCAGUUCUGCUGGGCGCCGAGAGGAGACGCGCUGAGCGCGAGCUCAGGCAGUCCCUCGAGUUUGAGAUAGCUCUGGCCAACAUGUCGCUGCCGCAGGAGGCUCGACUGAACCAGACGCGGCUGUACAACCCGCGCACCGUGGAGCAGCUGCAGCGCGACCACCCGUCGGUGCCGUGGCUGGAGUGCCUGCGGGCGCUGCUGCCGCCGCACGUCACCGUUUCCGGCGACGAGGUGCUCGUCGUGGCCGUGCCUUCCUACCUCAAGAGCCUCGAAGCCCUGCUCAGCCACACUCCCAAAAGGGUGGCGGCCAACUACGUGAUGGGGCGGGCGGCCAUGGCUGCGGUGCCGUACAUGACGCAGGAGCUGCGGGGCCGCCAGUUCGAGUACCAGGCAGCUCUCACUGGCAGGAGGGAGCGCGAGUUCCGCUGGAAGGAGUGCCUCAGCAUCGUCACUAGACGCCUGGGGCUGUCUGUGGGCUCCAUAUACGUGCGCAGGUACUUCAACAAGGCGGCCAAGGAGGCGGCGCUCGAGAUGGUGGACGACAUCCGCCGCGAGUUCCUCCGCACCCUGCGCCGGCUGGACUGGAUGGACGAGGGCACCAGAAAGAAGGCACUCGAGAAAGGCAAGUCGAUGGUCGCCCACAUCGCCUACCCAGACGAGCUGCUGGACGACAGGAAGCUGGACCAAUUCUACGAGAAGCUGGAGAUCAACCCGACCUUGUACCUGGAGAGCAUGCUCAACGUGACCAAGUUUCUGACCAACUACACCUUCAGCCAGCUGUGGCAGCCCAUCAACAAGACCGAGUGGAUCAUCCACAAGACGACGGACGUCAACGCCGCGUACGACCCCGCCGAGAACUCCAUAGUGAUUCCAGCGGGUAUCCUCCAGGGUGUAUUCUUCAGCGCAGACCGUCCCAAGUACAUGAACUACGGCGCCAUCGGCAUCCUAAUUGGCGACAGGAUCACAGCCGGCUUCAUCGGAGAGGGUCGUCAGUUUGACCAGAAUGGCAACCUGGUGGACUGGUGGGACCCUGUGACCCGCGACAAGUUCCUCAAGAAAGCUGAGUGCUUAAUCUCACAGUAUGGGAACUAUACGGAAGAGCAAACAGGCUUACAUCUGAACGGGGUCAACACCCUGGAGCGGAACACUGCGGACAACGGCGGCCUUGAGCUGGCGUACGGCGCCUACCUCGCGCUGGAGCGCCGCAGCGGCCACCCGGAGCCGCGCCUGCCCGCGCUGUCCGGACUCUCCCCGCGGCAGAUGUUUUGGGUGUCUGCCGCACAGAACUGGUGCUGCAAGUACCGUACUAAGACGAUGAUAGAGUUCAUCACCACUGGAGUCCACUCCCCAGACAACUUCCGAGUACUGGGCCCACUCAGCAACCGGCCCGAGUUUGCCGAGGACUUUGCAUGUCCUCUCGGCUCCCGCAUGAACCCGCUGGAGAAGUGCCAGGUGUGGUGAAGAGUCCAGCAGAGGUGCCGGACUGUCGGAAGCCUGAUGCUGACAACCGGCUGGAGCCGCUGCCAUCCACACACGAAUAACGACAGAGCGAGAGGAAAUCUAUUGGCUCACACCCCAGCUGCAGAACUGUCUGUGGGGCCUUCACUGUUAGGAUCGUCCAGAUCCUAUGGUUUCAGCACACGCUCAAUCGAAUUUCCAUCUGUGUGUGUCUGCGUGUUUGCACCAUAAUUACCUGCUCCUGUUUGGAGUAGAUAAAUAAACCUGUGUGCAGAAGCCAUUAGUUUUAUCCUAAGUGUUAAUCAAUUAUUGUAGCUACUGCAGUCUAUCUUACUAAUACUCCACAUUCAUCUAGUGGAAUAAUAUCAGUGGAAAAACUACACCAAUAACAAUGUGUUGUCACACAUAUGGUUUAAUGACCGCCAUCUUCAGGUGAGAGGCUGCUGCUCCUGAGAACAGUUGAAAACUAGUGCUAAACCCGCAAAUGUCGUCCCCGAACUCUACACGAGGCACGCAUCGCCCACCACAAGCGAUGCUCUCAAGACCGAACUUGUGGCGCCACCCUUAGUGUAACACUGGCGCCAAAAAUACGUUGCACUCGAAGACGAACCUCAAAGACUCAAGCCGAUCACACCAAAGAACAUUGUGUUUCGAUGCUGGAUAUCACAGCGUUCCACAUCCCGCUAAGAGAAAACCUUUGUUUCAAUUAAUGAAAUUUUCUGUUGACCUAAUUUCAAUUACCUUUUUAUGAACACUCUUCAAAAUCCAGACGUACCAUAAAAUAUCAGGGUAUCUCAGUAUUCUUCCUAAAUCUUUCAUUUCAACAAUUCUCCACUCUCCUUAACUGUGCAAAUCGACCGGCCGAUGUAAGCUUUCCCCAAAUGACCCAGAAUUUUGGGUUUGCCAGGAUUUCAAAGUCCUAAAUCAUCCUUUAUAAAGCCAGGUAGUGCCCUAAUCUUGAUAGGUAGGCGGAACACAUUCAUAAUAUGAGAUUUCCUUAAAGUGAAAUCUAUGUCGAAACAUACUGAAUAUGUGCCACACAUCUGUCUUCCUCCUCAUUCAUCUCCAGGGAUGGCUCAAACUGCAUAGCCUGAUGAAACCUUUUUCUCAGAGUAUCCAUUUUAUUUAAACACAGCCGCCAAAUGCUGCAAAUUCCUAGGUUAAAACUGGUGACUCGAAAACGCCGUAUGUUCCGCGUACUAGAGUUUUAAGGACACCACGGUGUUGGUACGGCUGGUGGAAGUGUCAUUUUAUGCAGAUAGCGAUCAGAAUUUGUCGAUUUACGAUAAACGCUACGUGACAGAUUACCAUCAUGUUUUCGGUUAAACCCACACGUCCAAAAAAUCGAUGCUUCCCGUCACCUUCAAACUCCGUUUUAAAUUUAAUGCUGGGAGGUAGACUGAAGAUAAAUCAUCUAAGAACAUCGUGUCUUUUGGGCAAGACGAUAAAUAUAUCGUCAACGUAUUUCAAGAUGUACACUGGUUCGAAAGCUGAAGUCCCCUAUGCCGUAUCCUCGAAGUAUUUCAUAAAUAAAUUUUGAUCUAUAGAAGAUUAAGGACUACCUGUAGCAACCCUGUCAUUCUGAACAGUAUCAUUUAAUGAAAAACAUGUCGAUGUCAACACAUGACUACAAAGCUGCACUAAUUGCUCAUCGAGUGUUUCCCUAAUCACACUCUAUUACUCUUCCAAAGUGACAUAUGUGACUAAAGCUACCACAUGGAAAUUCGUAAGUAAAUCCUAAAUGUCUAUGGGUGGCUUCGAGGAUAGGACAAUGAGCUUUGCAACAAAUGUGCUCGAGGAGACACUAUGAUAGUUUAUUUUUGGACUAUCCCCACGGACGUGAUGCUGUAACCGAUUUAUGGACAAUUCAGCUGUCUUCAUACAAGAACUAAAUUGGUCAUGGAGCACUGAACUGACGAGAAGGUAUCGUUUUGGGACAUAAUCGUUUACAAAAAUCAUGGUGGUACUCUGGGACAUAGUGUCCACGAAAAACCGACGAAUACUGAUAGUUACCUGCAUACAAAGAAUUUCCACCCAUCGUACCAAUGCCAUAGCGUGUUUGGAACUCUAGUACGCAGAGCGUAUAUUAUUUCCGACACAGACAGUCUAACACAAGAAGUUUGAGACUUGUGGCUGUGUAAAGGAAAAUGUGUACUCUGAGAUGCAAAUAUGGUGUCUGGACCACCGUCAGAAAUGCCUGAAGCGGAGCGUAGAUCUGUGGGCUUUGUUCCUUUGUGGUGCAAGUAUAGGCUAUCCUUUAACACUGAAAUAAUUUUGAGGAGAUUUUACAUUAAGAGUGUGUACCGUCCACCCGUCAAGGUUAGGGCACUGCUUGACUCUAUUAAGGAUGAUUUGAGACUUAGUAGGUAUUGCACACACAAAAUUCUGUGUGAACGGGGAAGGCUUACGUAGACCUGUGUGUUUUUGCUGUUCCGGAUAUGUGCAAAGAAAAUCGCCGUCACUAGGCGGUCAACAGCUGGAGAAGUCGGCAAUAGCGGAAAAUUAUUUAAACGAGAUACACGGGAUGAAAUUCAACGAUACGUUUUUGGGAACAGUGUUUGUAAAGAUUUGGUUGAGUUUAUGUUCACAGACAAUUUGAUCAAUGGUGACAAAGGAUUUUGUCUUAGCAGGAAGUGGAACCCUGUUUUACCUAGCAUCAAAACACAACGAUCUUAGGUUCAGCCGGCCCGAGAGUUUAAGGAUACUACUGGACUACCAUAUAUGAAUGGCGUCGGAGUGGUACUAGGGGCGGCAUAAAGAGCCAGUCAGGGGGGUAAGCAACUGUGGUGCAUGACGCAUGCACUGUGUAUAAGUCCGGCCUCAGGAUUAGCUUUCACUGAGACUCAGCAGCUGCUUUCCUGUAAAUGAGAGACAGUGGGUCCACGAAAUAUUGAUUCAAGUCGAUUUUGAGUGCCGGCAGCGAAAACCAAGGAUAGUACCAGUGUGUGAAAUUUCCAUAGGCAUUUAUUUUCUCUGCAUGUGUUAUUCGAGCAUUUCACCAGAGAGCAGACAGAAUUAUAUAUCAAUAAAUGACAGUUUCUGCUACCUUUCAUAUGCAAUGAACAAAAAAGCUUUUACCGUAUACCAUCUCAGUUUUUCGGUACUGUGUGUAUGAAUUAUGUGGGAAGGCUGCGCAAAAAUUAUGAGAUUACAAAUAUAUCAGUUACUCUCCAGGUAUGUGGCAGGAGGACUUGUGUGAAAAUUAAAGUACGAGACGUUCAUUCUUCAGGAAGGUGAAAACUGUCCAGUUAGCAAUUUUGCCAUAUUCGAGAGCAGCUAAUGCAUCAUGCAGGCGCUGGAAUGUUUUUAAAUGUGUGAUGUAAUCAGUACUGCCUGCAAUUAGUGAGGGAUUUGAUCAUACCAUAUAUUCCCAUCUGCUGGUCUCGUUGAAGGUAAUCCUCAGAAGGCAUAACCAUAUUUUCACUCCGUUAAUGGAAUGUCACUUGUCACUGGGGCUGACGUGUUAGAUACGCUUCAUGAAUAGACAGAAGACGUCGUCGUGCUGUCCACGACUAUUAUUAUUAUCUAGGCAAGAUAAGGCAUUUGUACAAAAGCCCAGUAAUAUCAUAUUUAAUUAUCAGCCAUAAACUUCAGGACCGUGUUAUGUCAUUAAAGUACUUAAUGGUGAUACUAGCAGUAGGUAUGAAGGGGGACAAAAACAUGAUACCAGUAACGGGAUUGUCAAAUGGAAAACUGAGAUUUACUGUGACAGUUCUGCUGAUGAGUAAUGUAUUGGUAAUGGACAGCACAUGUAAGACACUAUUGCGUCCAUGUCUGGAGUACUCCUUAUCUCGCAGGUAUGACGGCAUAUGUCAAGAGAUAUCGGGAGACAUGUUUCCAGAAUCAUAAUAUACUAGCAACGUCUAUAGAGAAGUGCAACAGAUAUCUUCGAAGAACUUAACUGAGAAUCUGUUGUAUUCCAGAAUCUUGUUGCUAAUAUUUGAUGACCUGGUACUGGAAUAAGCAUAUGGGACGGUUUGUAAGGUACCUAAAAUGUCUUUUGUGACACGUGUAUCUAAUGUUCCGUAAUGAAUGGAAGCAAGGAAUCAAUUCUCAAGAAGAAUAUUUAAUGAAAGAAUACAGGUAAUACAUUCCUCAAGGUUGCACCAUGGGAUCUUGUUAAGAACAACAACGAUCGAAAUAUAAAAAUGAAUAAUUUAAUGAUUCACUCUAUGUAGUGUCAAUUUUAAAUAAUUAAAUAGCUGAAUAAAUGUAUAUUGCAGAAUAAUUGCGGUCGCCAGCUCAAAAACGAGAAAAAAUUAAACCUUAUUGAUGACUGACGUGUGUUUCAAAUCACGUAAAAAUUGGGAGUUAAUAUGAAUGCAACAAGUGAACAAAAUACACUCAAGUGCGUUUAGACGAUAAAGACCCGUGUAACACGAAUAAAACGACAUUGAUUUGGAACAUGCAGAUAUUAUUUGUAGUUACAGCCACCAAUACUAGGUAAUGAUCAGGAAUACUUUAUGGAAACCAUGUUGAAUUACGUAACUCACAAAAUCGCUGUCUAUUAGAAAAUACACAAAAUCAUGCCCCAAAAAAAUUACUGUUCCUUAAUGGUUACUUAUCAAAUGAAUGUCAUAAAUUGUUUCAUUUAUAGAAAUAACCAUUUGGCAGUACACAUUAUCUGCAAAACACAACAUAAAAGCCUAAAAUUCCUUUGGCUGCCAUAGCGCCAACAUACUUUUAUCAUUGAAAUACAAAUUUCUUUGAAAUAACUUUUCUUUUGGCUGAUUGUCUGCAUAGCAGUGCAACACUUUAUGAAGAAGUAUAAUUACUGCUGCCUCUUAUUCCAAUAAUUAUUUGAAUGAAAUAGAGCCAUAAAAUUAGCUAGAUUUAACUUUUUUCAUUAUUUCUUCCACUAAUGAGUUUCUUGGAAGUACUGGUGAAAGUCUGGGAUCCUACCUAUGGUUAAUGACUUGGUUUAACUAGCUUCACUCACAAGUUAAUGAUUUGAUUGAACAGCAUUCUAAUUUUCAAUAAACUGACUAAUUCACUGGCAAUCCUCGCACAAAAUAUAUAGUCUCCCCCCAUAAAAUUCUGUCAUUUUUAGACGAAAAUUACAUAAUAUAUUAUCUAGGCGUAUCGUCUGCUUUUUGGGUUUGUCAACUACACGGCAGAAGUUAAGAAGCCUUAACGUAUUUAGCAAAUGGUUCCCAUUUCUAUUCAUAAGCCCUAAGUUCAUAUUUGUACUACUAAAUAUUGUGUAAUCUUUGAGUACCAAGAGGACUGGUUCCUCCAGCAGUUCCACAAACAAAUAUCCUCGUAAUUCAGGUGGUAGUUUACCGAAACAAUAUAAUUUACUAUUUCGGCAACAUUGCAGGUGCAGCGUCAAAUUUUGCAUUAACGAUCUUUGAUUUUUUACAUAGGCAGAUAACCAUCAUGUUAAGCACUUGUUCUACAGUAGCUGGUUGCCAGUCAUAAUGAUGUGGCUACUUGAAUUUAGUUCUUCAUGGCUAGACCAGUGCUCAUUUACUGAAAGCAUACUGUGGUUUAAGUAUUCCAGCCAAUGUUCAACUUUAUUGAUUAGUAGUUGAGAGACUCUAUAUCAGUAUUCAAGAAACCUACAUUAUGUAGUGUUCUAUUAGUGAAACGAAUUUCUUGAAACUCAGGUUACGAACAUUUCUUCUUCUCCUUUUUCCUUUUUAAGUAAGUAGGGCAUUUUCAUGCUGUUUGUUAUCUUCAGAUCCAGUUUUUUCCUUGAAACUCUUUGCUUCUGAUUGGUCCCUUUUCCUUGGCUAAUUGAUUUGUUGAAGAGUAAUUAUGCAGAGGGAGUUCACUCUUUUGGUCUGUGAACAAAGAAUUCUCACGCCGUACCUGUGGAUCUGUGGACGGAGUGAGCUGCGAUCUUAUUUCUGGUCCCCCCUCUUGUGCUCCUUGGUUCCAGCCUGUAGUUCAAGUACUGCUGUCGCUAGUGCUGGUGGUGCUUCUCCUGAUAGUAUUGUUGGUAUUUCCAUUACUGAUGCAGUGGCCUCGCCGUUUUAUGAAGUUAACAUAAAAUUGCGCACAUAAUUUCAAUAAUUUGUUUUAUUUUAGAGUUUAGGAACAUUCUACCACGAAUACGUAAAAGCAUACCGAGCCUUGUGAAUCAUUUCCUUUGCACUAAUUCCAUGUCAAGAAAGUGUGUUUCCCGAUGCCUAACAUAUUUUAAGAAAUUGUCAGUUGGCCUUAAUAGUUUUUAGAGGGAUGACUGUGUGAAGUUGUAUUUGUGCAGUGUUCCUGUAACUAUAAUGGUGUGUAAAACCUUACUAUGAUGUGACACUGCCAAGUUACGUGGCUCGAUGAAACUUGGACCGUACGUAAAAAGGAUUGCUACGGUAUAGUACACAAAGUAACUGCAAGAAUUACGCAAUAAGACGAUUAGAACUGACUCUUUUGACUAUAAAAAAAAUAAUUACACUAACGCCAGUACAAUUUAUGAUUGUGCCCUGGAUAAUACAAAUGGGGGAAACGGUUCUUAAUAGAUCACCACAGACAGCAAUGCGUGCUCUACAAUGUGCCCCAUUCUGGUCAUAUGGUCGAUAGGUGGUAAGGGGAUUCCUUUCCGUCACCAGCACAAAACUGCUGGAUGGUCAUCUGUAUAUGUGUACGUGCUGCUACAAUAUGUCUCCCCAAUGAAUCUCUCUAGUAAUCGAAGAGUUUUAAGUCGGCAGAAUGGACAGAUUAGAGGGGAGGGGGAGACGGACAGAGAUAGGAGUGGGAUGAUAUGGGCUGAAGGAAGGGGGGAGGAAGACAUGCCCUGAGGGUGGUUGCUUGCACAGGAGAUGGACAAGCAGAAAGGGGGGGAGGAGGAGGUGUACACACAGAGGUGAGGGGAUGAGGUGGACAGUGAGACAGUGGGUGAAACAAAAAAAAUUGAACAAUACAGUUUCUUCUCCACAAACUAGGCCUAAGUGAAAAAGUAAAUGAGUGUGUAUCUGUCACACUGCUAAGCAUUCGUUUGGACCCUCAACUGAAAUUGGAUGCACACAUGCACCUGUUGUGAAUUAAACUAUCCCAUAUGAUUUGUAUGCUACACAAAUUAAAAUGGUGUGUCACUAAGA